GGUGUGUGGUGUGCGCGCGAGGGAUGAAAAGUUCUGACAUUUCUGGCGAAAAACAACACACAAUUUCUGCACAGAGAGAGAGUCUCUGAGAUUUGCGGCGUGCGUGAUGAGAAAGUAAGUCAGCAGCGAUGUUCCCGAUCGAUAAAGCCAAGGCGGCAGGUGUUGCGCGGGAGAAGAACUACCAGAGCACGACCUGGUCGCUGAAUCCGCAAGCCUACCAGAAUGUGUCCAAUGACAUGGUGGAUUGGGCAGCUCUGGCGCAGCAGUGGAUCCAGAUGAAGGAGACCUGUCCGGCCGCUGAGAUGCCCGCGGCGCCGCCGCCGCCGCCCCUGACCAGGAGCGACUUCGAGGAGCAGGGCGAGGCGCCCAUGGAGGUGGUGAAGGAGGAGGAGAGCUCCGCGGCGCAGUCCUCGGGCGGCGGCGGCAGUCAGUGGAGCGCCGGCUGGAGUUCCUUCCGACCGCAGAAUCAGUGGCGUAAGUGCGGGCGUGUUUGUGGGCGGCGUGCGACUGAGAUGAGCUCGUUUGCAGGCCCAGGAUGGAACAGCUGGUCCGGCCCGAGCAUCGUGGCGCCGCCCGCCGCGGGGAUUCUCCGCGGUGCCGGCGGCCUUGGCUUCCGCAACCCACCGCCGGCCAUCGCGCAGCAGCUGGUCGCGCCGCCGUGGCCGCGAGCGCGCUUCCCGGCGGCCAGCGCGCUGCCGGCCAAGGAGGACAGUCAAGUAAGUAACAGUGCGUCAAAGUCCGAUGUGAAUUUUGUUCAGGAAGACACCACCACGACGAUUGACGCGGCCAAGCGCAAGAAUUUGCCAGCGUGGAUCCGGGAGGGUUUGGAGAAGAUGGAGCGCGAUAAGCAGCGCCAGGCGGAGCGGGAGCGCGAGGAGCACCAGCGCCAGGAGGAGUUGGCGAAGAGGCGCAAGGCCGAGGCGGAGGCGCUCAAGGCCUUGGAGAGUCUGAAGAAGGCGCGCGAGGAAGACGUGAAGAUGCCGGAGAAGAGCAAAUUCGAAUCUGACUCAGACUCAGAGGCUGAUGAUGUGUUCUCGGACGCCAAGGCGAGGCAGAGAAUAAGCAAUGAUCCUAAGUCACCAGAGACAAAGGCUGAUGUUGUUAGGAAGACAGUUGAGGAAUUGAUGCUGGACGUGAGGAGGACUCUCACGGAGAUUCUCUUGGAGGUGACGAACGAGGAGAUCCAGGAGAUUGCCAAUGAGACUCUCGUGAGAGCUCAGAGGAAGAAGCCCAAAGUCAUUGUCGCUCAGAGUUCGAUUUUGCCGGUGAGCAAUCUUCCGGGGAAGCUGGGCUUGGCCAUCUACGGCACCAGCGACAGCGAGGGCAGCGAUGCCGACGAGGAGGAGAAUACUCAGACGUCCGGGAAGAAUGACGACAGCGACGAGGGCAACUCUGAGGACUCUGAGCGAGAGCUUCAGGAGAGGAUCAAGUUCCACGUGAACGCCUUCAAGAAGACGUCGCGCGAGAUCGAGCAGCAGCUGGCGGAGGAGGAGGAGCGCGAGGAGCGCAAGAGGGUGGAGAACGAGGAGAGAGAGCAGCGUCGGAAGCUGUCCGCUGCGUCUAAUGACGCGGCGGCGAAGAACAAUGGGAGUGUUGAGAGAAACAGAGAUGGUGAGACUGAACAACUUGAUAGAAAUAGCUCAAGAAGUGGUCGCAGUUCUCGCCCGAAGAAGCAAUCGCGCUUCAGUGAUCCGCGCGACACUGUGCGCGGCACGCAUUUGACGCACGUGUCGAUCCUGGGCGCGUACAAGAUGGACCCGCUGGCGCCGGGGCUGCCCAGGGGCCGAGUGGUGAGCGAGGCGACGGCCGUGGCGCCGGCGCCGAGCGCCAAGGGCGGCGGCAACUCGAAGAGCUCGGGCCGCUCGAGGCGGCGCAGCGUGAGCACGAGCGACGACGACGACGUGUCCUCGACGUCGUCCAGCAACUCGCGGCGGCGCCACAGGGGCAGAUCGCGCUCCAGCGAUCGGCACAGCCGCCACAGUCACUCGUCGCACAACUCGCGGCGCUCCAGGUCGCGGUCCAGGGAGCGGCGGUCGUCGUCGUCGCGACACGGCCGCCACUGAGGAAGCGCCGCGCAGGUGGUAUUCUAAUUGAUCUUCCCCAAAGUCCCUCCCAUUUUAGGCGCCCUGCUCCACACAUUUUACCACACUCUCGACAUCUAAGGCUUCCCUGAAGUUUAUUCUCUAGGCAUAUUUCACUGAAUUUUCUCUCUUACCAAAUAAAAAGGACUCUUGAGGAAUGUUGAGAA